AUGGAUAGAAGGUCUGCUAGAAUAAAAGCAGAGUUAGAAAGAUAUGGUUGGAGACUUUCAAAGAAGUUUAAAUAUAGGAAGGGAAGACCCAUAAAAGUCUAUGACAAACUGGCUGGUCUGACCUACGAAAUGGACUUAGAAACAGCACGCGCAAAUUAUCCAAACAGACUUGAGAGGUUAGAAGAAGAACGGCUUAUGGACAUGCCUUUCAAUGUUAAUGAACCUCAAGUUGAAGGACACGACGGCUUUGCCAGAUUUUACUGGAAACAUGACGAACAAUUGCAUCCUUUGAGAAGGAAAAAAGGAAAAGGUGAAGACGCACAUGCUCCCAUGGAAAGAACAAGAUAUGCAUAUGAAAAGUAUCGUGAAGUUAGAAGUCAAAUUACAUCUGGUCGAACCUUUACAGUAAACUUUGACGAAGGAAAGAACAAAGAAGGCUUCAUGGGUGUACUUGCUGCCAUACAAGACGGAAAUAAGAAAGGAUACAAUCUCAGACUAACCGUAACAGAUUUAGAUGGUCAUAUUUACUAUGCACAUGGCAAUGUCACAACAGCCGCACAACUUCUUGACGCUUUCAAGACUACAAAGAGAGAACAAAUGGUUGACUCCGACUCAGAUAUUUUGAAUGCAAUUGAAGGAAUUGUAAGCGUGAAGUUCGAAUGGUAUCAACCUAACCCUCAAGCAGUCAGACAACAUGCUGGAUACUUCCCGUUCAGAAAUAAGUCUGACAUUGACUUGACAAGGUAUGGAAUUUACAAUUCAAUUGAAAAAAUUGUCAACGAACCUUGCAUUCUUACAUGUCUCAGGAACUCUGGUCUUGUUACAGAUGAGAAGAUGAAGUAUCUUGAGUCAU